GGCCUCGAAGAAUCGGAGUUAACCUAGAAAUUUGAAGGAUCUGGCCGCAGUCUCUUUGUCGUUGAUGCGUUUCUGGUAAUCCAAGUAAUACGGUAAGCCGAAUGAGUCAAUCGGCCAAGCUACCUAGUCUGCCUUGCUAGAGUGCUGAUGGCGGCGCCUUGUCCCAAUAAAAGGAUGGGGCCAGAAAGGCUACAAGUAUAGUCGUACGCACCUGUAUAGCAGGCUCUAUGUAUAUAUAUUCUAGGGAGACGAAUCUUCCGAGAAUUUGGAAACUUGAGGAUUCUCACACUCGUUCAUCGCGACUCUUGAACUCAAAAGUUAAACCCCUGCCCCUAGCUUAUCGCGAUAAGAAGCUCCAACCCCGCUGUCCCCACCGUUCCCGCCAGCCCCCCAACCUGCCCCUCCUGAUUCUGUCAUCAGCCAAAUACCACCUACCGUACUUGCCCCAGCCGACAACCCGACAACCCAACCACCGGACGACACUGUAGAUGCCACUAGAUAUGGAGAAGAAGGAGGACGAGCUGCUACGGCGCCCACUUUACCUGUACGACCUUCCGCAAGAAGUUCUGGACACCUUGAGCCUCAAAACGGAUGCCGAAGGUCAAGAACAACAGGUUAUCGAGCAGGGCAUAGGGAGGCCCUCAGAUGAAAGCCCGGACCUCACUACUGAGAGUGUCGCUGGAUCCCAAGCGUGCUCACUCUGCGGUGUGGUUUUCCCCACCAUCCAGGAACAGAAAAGUCACCUGAAAUCGGAUUACCAUCAUUACAAUCUUAAGCAGAAGAUCCGAGGCCACAAACCUGUGUCGGAGGCCGAAUUCGAGAAAUUAAUUGAGAACCUCGACGAGAGCCUUUCAGGUUCCGACUCAUCGGAUACAGAAGACGAAGAUGACGAGCCUUCCAAGAAGGAUACAACUCUCACUGCGCUCCUGAAAAAGCAGGCGACAUUAGCUGAAAGGAAACAGGGCAACGAGGUGGACGAAGAGGAUGGAGCAAGGAAGAAGAAACCCACCCCUGGAAAGCAUCCGUUACUCUGGUUCGGCUCUCCAGUUCUCCCGGAGAACACCUAUUUUGGCCUAUACAGGGCCAUGUUUUCGAAGGAAGAGCUAGAAAAGCAAGAGGAUAUACUGGAGGCAAUCAAGAGGAGGCAACUGCCGCCUAUCGCCAUGCCGAAACCAAGCAAGAAUGGAGCACCUGCCCCUUCGUCUUACAAAGGACCGCAUAUAUUCCUCUGUAUGAUAGGUGGUGGACAUUUCGCAGCGAUGGUGGUGUCGCUGGCACCUCGGCAAACCAAAUCCGCCGGGCCACUCAACAGGGAAGCCACAGUUCUUGCCCAUAAGACAUUUCACCGAUACACAACACGGAGGAAGCAGGGCGGUUCGCAAUCUGCGAAUGACAAUGCAAAAGGGGCAGCUCAUUCUGCCGGCUCCAGUAUCCGGAGGUAUAAUGAGCAGGCGCUCAUACAGGACGUUCGGGAGCUCCUACAGGACUGGAAAGGUCUUCUGGACACCUCCGACCUCCUCUUCAUCCGUGCCACCGGAUCAACCAAUCGACGGACUCUCUUUGGGCCCUACGAAGGACAGGUCCUGCGGGCAAACGACCCACGCAUCCGCAGCUUCCCUUUCAACUCACGGCGUGCGACGCAGAACGAACUUAUGCGGUCCUUCAUCGAGUUAACCCGGUUGAAGGUCCAAGAAAUCAACCCCGUUGCGACACCCGACGCCUCCAAAACUCCUGGUGCAAGUGCGCCGGCAAAACCGGCCAAACCGGCCGCACCCAAGCUCUCGGAGGAGGAAGAGACCGCCCUCCUGCACACCAGCCAACUCCAAGCCCUCAUCCGCCGCUCCAAGCUCCCCGCCCUCCUAUCCUACCUCAGCACCAACUCCCUAGACCCCAACUUCCGCUUCCACCCGCCCGACUCGCAGCAGAACCACCACGCGCCGACGCCGCUGCACCUCGCGGCGGCGCACAACUCGGCGGCGCUCGUGUCGGGACUCCUGGUGCGCGGCGGCGCCGACCCGACGGCGGCCAGCGCGGAGGGCAGGACGGCGUUCGAGCUGGCUGGCGACCGGGCGACGCGGGACGCGUUCCGGGUGGCGAGGUCGGAGCUCGGCGAGGGCGGGUGGGACUGGGAGGGCGCGCGGGUGCCGGCGCCGCUGAGGCGCGAGGAGGCGGAGGGGAGGGCGGGGCGCGAGAGGGCCGAGAGGGAGGCGGCGGAGGCGGAGAGGAGGAGGGCCGAGGAGGAGAGGCUGAGGGCCCAGGGGGGCCCUACCGGUGGGAAGGUGAGGCCCGGGAGGGCGUUGGCCGCGGGGCUGCAGAAGACGGCGCAGGAGGCGAGGGAGGAGGAGGCGAGGGGGAUGACGCCGGAGCAGAGGGUUAGGUUGGAGAGGGAGCGGAGGGCGAGGGCGGCGGAGGAGAGGAUGAGGAGGUUGCAGGCUGGGGGCUAAAAGCACCUGGAAGAGUUCUGGUCGAACCAACCUUGGAACAUAGUGUUUAGAGAAUUGGCUUGGCAUUGAUACUAUGGGAAUGUCUCAAUUCUCAACCUUAUAGCUGCAAGAGUCUGCCAGAGAACCGUGAUUUCCCCCUACACUAUACCAUGGCCCCAUAGCGGUCGGUACGGAGUUACUGUCGGCCCCACUAGGGACCGACGGCGUCUCUGCAACAAAACCCGGCCGACGACGACAAUGUUGGUGAUCGGCGGCCGGUAGCGCCGCAUUCUAUGU